AUGGUUAAAAAAGUUUCAAAGAGUGUCAAGCACGCUGAAAAAAUGUAAAAGAAGUGGCAAUCUAACUAAAAGAAGCCAUCUAAGUCUAAUAACUCAGAUAAUCCUAAUAGAAAGUUACCAGGAAUGGGUGAAGGUAAAUGGACUCACGUCCGUACUAAAAAUGCUAUUAAGCGUUUGAAUAUGUACAAGGACAAGCCUGAUUAUGAAGCUAUGAGAAAAUAGCCUUCAGGUCCCUCUAGAAUUGAACCUGAUAGAAAGUGGUUCGGUCCUGUUAGAACUAUCGAUUAAAAGAGUUUAGAAAGAUUUAGAGUUGAAAUGUAAUAAAAAUCUAAUGAUCCCCGUCAUGUUUUAGUCAAAUCUAAAAAACUCCCCAUUUCUCUUCUUACAGAUGCCAAUAACGAAACUAAAAUGAACAUCUUAGAUAUUGAAAAAUAUGAAGAAACUUUUGGACCUAAGGCCAGUAGAAAGAGAGUUAAAUCAACAUCUUACUCAUAUGAAGAUUUAAUAUAAUAAGUAGAGGAAAAUGAUCAAAAAUAUGAUCCUAAGAAGGAUUAAGAUUUAACUAAGCACUAAAUGCUAGACUUUAAGAACGAAUGCAGAGAUAGACGUAUGGAAGCUGGUCAAUCUAGAAGAAUUUGGGAAGAAUUAUAUAAAGUACUUGAUGCCUCUGAUGUUAUAGUUUAAAUUUUGGAUGCCAGAAAUCCUAUGGGUACUCGUUCAAAGCACGUAGAAGAACACAUUAAGAAGAACUGCCCAUAUAAGCAUUUAGUUUUUGUUAUGAAUAAGUGUGAUUUGAUUCCUACUUGGUUGACAACAAAAUGGUUAAGAUAUUUGAAUAAGGAAUUCCCCACUAUUGCAUAUCAUGCUUCUUUGAAUAAUCCUUUUGGUAAAGGUUCUCUUAUUAACUUGUUGAGAUAAUAUGAUAACAUCCACAAAGAUAAGAAACACAUUUCUGUUGGUUUUAUUGGUUAUCCUAAUGUUGGUAAGUCUUCAAUUAUUAACUCAUUGAAGCAAAAGAAGGUCUGUAAAAGUGCUCCCAUUCCUGGUGAAACUCGUGUUUGGUAAUAUAUCACUUUAACUAAAAGAAUUUAUCUUAUCGAUUGUCCUGGUGUUGUUUACUAUCACGAUGGUCGUGAUGAUACAGAAGUCGUACUUAAGGGUUGUAUUCGUGCUGAAAAAAUUGAUGAUCCUACUUUCUAUAUCCAUGUUAUUCUUUAAAAAACAAAUCCUAUCCACAUUAAAAAAACUUAUGGUGUAAAUGAAUGGGAAGAUGACUAAGAUUUCUUAGAAAAAUUAGCAGUCAAAAAGGGUAAACUUAAAAAGGGUGGUGAACCUGAUAUUAUAACAGUUGCAAAAAUUGUUAUUAUGGAUUGGUAAAGAGGUGUAAUUCCUUACUUCAACUUCCCUCCUGAUUAUAAACCUGAUGAGGAAAUGAAUAAAAAUAAAAUUGAAGCAUCUAAAAUCGGAGAAGAAAAUAUAGACGCAUAAGCCAUAGAAGAAGUUAAUAAGGAAAUAGAAGUUAAAGUUAUUUAAGAAACUAAUGAAUAAUAUAAGGAAAGAUUAGCUAAUGAUAUAAAUAAAGAUAUAAAAGAAGCUAAUGAUGAUGAUAUAGAAGCCGAAAAUGGAGAAGAGGAUGAUGAUGAUGAAGAAGAAGAAAUCGAAGGAGAAGAAGAAGAUGGUGAUGAUGAUGAUUAAAGCGAAGAAAUGAAAGAUGAAUGA